AUGGUCCUCGAAAGCGAAGACGAAGCGCUGCUAUGCAAACUAUUCCCAUCUAGCCUGUCAGGGUCGGCCUUGACGUGGUUUAGGCAGUUGAAGCCAAGAUCCAUCGGCAGCUUCACUGAGCUUUGCGAAGCUUUCAUAUCCCAAUACGUGUGCAAUCAAAGGAGAAAGAAAGACAUCACAACGCUGUUCAGCACAAAGCAAAAGGCAGGUGAAAGUCUCAAAGAUUAUCUGAAGCGAUUCAUGGAGGAAAUGUCUACUUUAGAGACUUACGACUCUCACACUGCAUCACUGGCAUUCCGCGAGGGGGUGACGCCAGGAACAAAAAUGCAUAAGUCCUUGGUCAAGACACCACCCCUCGACAUGAGGGAGGUUUUGGCUCGAGCUGAUGGAAUCAUCAGACUUGAAGAGGAAGAACUCGCUCUGUCAAUGCGCACCACCGCAGCCAUUUCAACACCAAAGCACCCGUAUGAGAUGAUCCAAGGGCCAAGGACAAAUUUUCCAAAUGGAAGUCUCCGCAAUCAAGCAAGGACCAAUUCUCCCCCAACCAAACUGACUGUUAGUCUGGCUAAACUUUUCCACGAAAACAAGGGAAAAGGGAUUUUUCGAACGCCUCCGACAUUACGUGAACCACCAGAGAAACGAGACCGAAGCAAGACUUGUGCACACCACAACGACUUUGGCCACACCACCAACGACUGCCGGAAUCUUAGAUAUCAAGUUGAAGCAAUGCUAAAAAAGGGGAUGCUUUGGCAAUAUUGGGCCCAACCAAAAGAUAAGUUGAAGGAGGAGCGUGCGGUUGAACCAGUGACCAACAACGUCGCCACUGAGGGGGGAUUGUUGGAAAUCAAUGCUAUCCAUGGCCGACCUCAACCGCCAGAGGGUCAGCUAGCUCGAGCCCGAACCGAGAAAAGACAAGCUGAAAAGAUAAGACGUGUUUGUGGAAUCGCUUCAGCACCACAAUCGGCCCAAUCAUUGGAGAAGGUCGGGAUCAUCUCAUUCACCCAACGAGAUCUCGAAGGAAUUCAAUUUCCUCACAACGACGCACUGGUCAUAACUCUUCAAAUUGGGAACUCAAAAGUCAAGAGGGUUAUGAUCGACGGUGGAAGCAGCGCAGAGGUAAUGUUUCUGAACACCUUCAAGAGAAUGAAAUUGGACAUAAAGGGGAUCAGGCCCAAUCCUACACCGCUCUUCGCAUUUGACGGCAGCAAGGCACGAGUAAUAGGAGACGUGACAUUACCCAUCAUAGCCGCUGGGAAAACCCUUUUAGUGACUUUCGUGGUGGUAGACGCUCCGAGCGCCUAUAAUGUGAUCAUGGGAAGAGAUUGGAUCCAUAGAAUGGAUGGAGAGGCAUCAACUAGGUGCCAAGUGAUGAGAUGUUUAACUGACGAUGGUGCUGGUACUAUCGAUAUCAAAGGGGAUCAACUCGAAGCCAAAAAGUGUUACAACAUAACGACUGACCUCAAGAAUGCAGCUGGGGCGCAGCCGCAACCGAACCAGCAAUUAUAG